CUGGAAAAUGAAGUUCUUAUCGUCUGUCUUGUUGUUCUUCACAGCUCAGGCUCCGGUGUUGUCUGUUUCCGUCCACCCCCACGGCGACAGUCAACCGGAAAUUCGAAGCCAUGGGCUUGGCCGAAAACAAAGUCCGUCGAAGAAUCGACAAGGACCCCAACAACACGAAAUGGGCUCGCGACACCAAUUCGUUCGGCCAGAAGAUCCUGCGCUCCCAGGGAUGGGAGCCAGGGCAGUAUCUCGGCGCUAAGGACGCCCCCCAGGCUGCCCACUACACCGCCGCCAACGCUUCUUUCGUCCGCAUCACUCUGAAGGACGACUCGCUCGGGCUGGGCUUCAAGAGAGCCAAGGAAGAGCAGAUCACUGGCAUGAAUGCGUUCCAGGACAUGCUCGCCCGUCUGAACGGCAAAUCCGACUGCGCUAUAGAGGAGGAAAAACAGGCCAGGGCGGCCAUGCAGACGACGCUCUACUGCCAAACCAAGUUCGGUGCGAUGCGGUUCGUUAAGGGAGGGUGGUUGGUCGGCGAUCAGGAAAAAAAGGACAUCGUCCCUGAUGAAGUAAAGCAAGAAGAGGAGGACCAGAAGAAAGCCACGGGGUCCGUCUCGCAGCCGUCGGAGAUAUCCAAGGCGGGAAAGUCGAAGAAGCGCAAGGCGGAGCAAUUGUCCGACUCGGACUCGUCAGAUUCGUCGAGCGAAGACGAAAAGGCCAAGAAGAAGCGACGGAAGGAGGAGCGCAAGGCGGCUGGGAAGCUGAAGGCCAAACGGCCAGACGCCGCCGCCACCUCGGACGAAAACGAAAACGAGAACACGACGACGUCGACCUCGGACAAGAAGGAGAAGAAGCGAAAGUCCAAGUCCAAAUCGAAAAACGCAUCAAGUGAUACCCAGCAGGAUGUAGCGAAGGCGGAGAGCAAGUCAAAGGCCGAGAAGAAGUCCAAGAAGAGGAAAGAGAAGGAUAGCGGGCACUCCUCUGACGAUUCUGACACGGAAGAGUCCAAAACGUCGCGGAAGAGGUCGAAGAGCAAGGAAGAAACUGCUUCCGAACUCGACAAGGCCGCGAAGAAGGAGAAGAAGAAGCAGAAGAAGGAGUCGAAAUCGAAGCGAUCCGAAAAGGAGGCCGCCGAAAGUGACGACUCGGCACCGAGCACAACAGCGCGAACGUCUUCCAAGUCUACUACCACCGCGGAUACUGGGACUUCAACCCCGGCUACCACGGGCUCCGGGACAUCCACUCCCGUUCUACGAGGCCAUCAUGCUGUGCGGUCGAAAUGGAUUGCUUCUAAGAGAAUGGCCACACUUGAUGAUGCGGCUCUUAACCAGAUAUUCAUGAUAAAAGCGCCUUCUUCGUAGCGACGUAAUAAAAGUACUUUUUCAGACAUGCGCGAGGCCCAAACCCACUCGCCCCGAUUCCGCUUUAUUGCUCGUCUGCGCCCGUCCCUACUAUUGGGUUUCCCUGUGCCCUUUAGAACUCCUUCAACGUCUUGCAAACACAUGUUAAUGUAACCUCGACAGUCGACAAACAGUCUCGUGUUAUGACUCUGCAUAGAUAAGCUUCAUGUUCGACCUGACUCUUGAUUCUGUGUAUUAUAUUUUCCUUUCUUUUUCUUCUUUUUCUUCCUUUUUUUUCUUUUUUUCUUCUUUUCUUUUUCUUUCUUCUUCUUUUCUUUUUCUUUCUUCUUCUUUUCGGUACGCUUUCCGCUGAUAUGA